AUGGUCAUAUCGCACUCUCUAUCCACGCUUCUAGCGGGCUUAGGCUGCCUCGACUUCGAGGAUACUCUUGACGGACUGUAUAGGCCUCCAGAUUUCGACAAUGUUGAGCCCAGCACUGGCUACCAACUCACGCCAUCUUCCUCGGACCGCUCAGCCGCCGCAAGACAUGCCAUCAUGCCUUUCCUCACAGCAGGUGCCAAGGUCUGCAAGAUCUUCUUGGCCGUCUCAGCUGGUUAG